AUGCGAAUCCUCGCGCUGGCGAGCAUACUGCCCCGCGCUGAGAACAUAACGAGCAGUGCUACACCCUUUUUUCACUUGUGCCUUUCAGGUGAACGACAGCCACUGACCGACAAGAACAAAACCGACCCGGGAAACUUGGGCAAAAGCCUCGAUCCUGUGUAUCAAUCCGUGAAUCCAUCUCCAGUUAGGCAAGCCGGAGUUCCACUGGUGACUCGCAUUGCUUCCCUGUCAUACAAAGCCACCAAUGAGCCAUUUUUGCAAUACAAACGUGGUAGUGCCGAGAGACAACAGCUGGAUUCAACUAUGCAGUCUAUGUUAUCUCAAGCACCUUUUGAAGUGCCCUUAUGUAUUGGCGCAGAAGAACUGACGUCAUCAGAAGCUAAGAAGCAAGUCCUGCCCUUUGACCACGGACGCACAUUAGCCAACUACUACUAUGCAACCGAACAGCAAAUUGACCAAGCUAUUGCGGUUGCCUUGAAAGCUCGACACUCCUGGUCUCGCACCAGUUUUGAUGAACGUGCUGGCAUAUUUCUCAAAGCCGCUGAUAUAAUCAGUGGUAAAAGACGUUGUGAAAUUUUGGGCUCUACCAUCCUCGGUCAAGCAAAAACCAUUUUCCAAGCGGAGAUUGAUGCGGCUGCCGAACUCGCCGAUUUCUUACGCUUCAACGUUCAGUUCGCCUCGGAAGCACUCAAAUAUCAGCCAAUCAGCACACCCGAUGCACAAAAUCGGGUGGUAUACCGUCCGAAUGAGGGAUUUUGGGCAUCCAUUCCACCCUUCAACUUCACUGCGAUUGGUGGUAACCUGGCCAGCGCCCCAGCACUAAUGGGAAACGUGGUUUUGUGGAAACCGUCCGACACAGCGGUUUAUUCAAACUAUGUAGUUUACCGAAUUUUCCGUGAGGCUGGUCUACCCCCUGGCGUUAUCAAUUUCGUUCCUGCUGAUGGGCCAACAUUCGGGCGGGUGGUGACCAGACAUGCGCAACUGGCUGGGGUGAAUUUUACAGGCAGUACAAAAACGUUCCGGCACAUUUUGAAAGAAAUUGCCAAUAAUUUGACAAACUAUCGUGGCUAUCCACGUGCUAUUGGGGAAUGUGGUGGUAAAAACUAUCAUUUUGUACACCCAUCUGCCGAUUUGGAAGCGGCCGCCGUGAGUACCAUCCGCAGUGCUUUUGAAUAUUCCGGCCAGAAGUGCAGUGCAUGUAGCCGUCUGUAUGUACCAGUCUCUCUGUGGCCAAAACUGCGCAGCUUGCUACUCGAGCACCAUCGCCAGCUAAAAGUCGGUUCACCCUUGGAUGUGGAUACAUUCACUUCGGCGGUUAUCGAUCGUGCGGCUUUCGACAAAAUCUCGGGCUACCUGAACCAUGCCAAGUCCUGUCCAGAUAUCGAGGUGAUUGCUGGUGGAGGCACAGACGACAAGACAGGCUAUUUCAUUGAACCGACUAUCUUGCUCACGAAGAAUCCCUUGGAUAAAAUCAUGAAAGAUGAUAUAUUCGGACCGAUUGUCUGUGCCUACUUGUACGAGGACAGCAAGGUGGACGAAACAUUGGAUUUGCUUGACUCCACAACCGAUUACGCUCUCACGGGUUCUGUAUUUGCCAAAGACGAGGCAUUUAUUAAAAAAGCCACAGAUCGAUUGAUCGAUACUGCCGGAAACUUUUAUGUGAACGUACAAUCUACGGGGUCUGUCGUUGGACAACAACCGUUUGGUGGAGCGCGGCUUUCCGGGACGAACGACAAAGCUGGAGGCCCACAAUACACGCUACGAUUUACAUCCCCGAUCUCCAUCAAAACUCAGCAACUUCCAGUCGCUUCGUGGAAACAGGCCCAUAUGCUCUAAUUGGCACUGUAAUGUUGAUCCGAAGGACUUCACUCUCAUGUGUCUCAGUUGUCAGUUUUUUGUUAACUUGAAAUUUCUCCCUAUUAGCUUCCGUUUUUGCUAUUUGAAAAUAUUUUAAAGUCGCUGGCUUGCUUGAACUAUUGGGUUCUUGAUCCGGCAAAGCUGCUUUGUAAUACAUGGAUUGUCCGUAA